GGUUCAAUAUUUCUUCCUUUUUCUUCCCAUAGUUAUCUAGUUAUGGAGAGAAACAAUAAGGGGCGUCAAAAGACAUUGAUAAAGAAGAUAGAGAACAAAAGAAAUCUCCAAGUGACCUUUUCCAAGCGCAAAGUUGGUCUCUUCAAAAAGGCUUCUGCACUUUCCAGUAAAUGUGGUGCUGAAGUUGCUAUCAUAGUGUUCUCUCCGGGGAACAAGGCCUUCUCAUUUGGCGGCCCUAAUGUUGAGUCUGUAGUUGAUCGUUACCUCGCCGAAAACCCUACCCCUACGGUAGAGAAUUCAGAGGCGCAGGUUGAGGAGCAACGCAUGAACGUUUGCAACCUUGACACUCACCUUACUCAGGUGCUGAAGGAUAUAGAAGAAGAGAAAAAGCGCAACGACGAGCUAAAAGAGAUUAGAAUCGCUAAGGAAGCUGAAUGCGGGUGGGAGAAACCUAUUGAAGAGCAGGGCAUGGCGGAACUUGAGAAAUUGAAGGUUGCUUUGGAGGAUCUGAAACUUAAAAUCGAAGAACAAGCUGGGAAUAUCAUGUCUUCACAAUUGUCCGCAACAAAUGCCGGUUCUGGACGUGAAUUUUAAUAGGAGGGGGUCAUGAUAAGUCAUAUGAGUGAAAUUUGGAGGGUAUUUGUGUUUUGCUUGUUUUUCAUUUGAUAUCUUUUACAGAAUAAUGU